AUGGCUGAUGGUGAAUACAGUUUCUCCUUAACAACUUUUAGUCCAACUGGUAAACUAGUACAAAUUGAAUAUGCAUUAAAUAGAGUAUCUAAUAGUUCUCCAGCUUUAGGUAUUCGAGCAAAAAAUGGAGUAGUAAUUGCUACAGAGAAAAAAAACCCAAAUGAAUUAAUAGAAGAAAAUAGUAUAUCUAAAAUUCAACAAAUUAGUGAACAUAUAGGAAUUGUAUAUUCAGGUAUGCCUGGAGAUUUUCGUGUUUUAUUAAAAAAAGCAAGAAAAGAAGCAAUUAGAUAUUCUUUACAAUAUGGAAAUGAAAUAUUAGUAAAAGAAUUAGUAAAAGAAAUUGCAUCAAUUGUGCAAGAAUUUACACAAACAGGUGGAGUAAGACCUUUUGGGUUAUCUUUAUUAAUAUGUGGUGCUGAUGCACAUGGUAAUCAUUUAUAUCAAAUUGAUCCUUCUGGUUGUUAUUUUAAUUGGAAAGCAACGUGCAUAGGAAAGGAUUAUCAAAACAAUAUUUCGUUUUUAGAAAAAAGAUAUAAUAAUGAUAUUGAAAUAGAAGAUGCUAUUCAUACAGCCAUUUUAACUUUAAAAGAAAGCUAUGAAGGAGUUAUGAAUGAAAAAAAUAUUGAAAUAGGUGUAGCCUAUAAUAACAAGCCUUUUAAAAUUCUAAAACCAAAUGAAAUUAAAGAUUACUUAAUAGAAAUAGAAUAA